GUGGAGUCCCGAGUACAUAAACUGAAAGCCUAUUUCCGAAACAUUUCGAACAACUCUAGUGAACAUUUUUGACCGAGCCACAUGGCUGUGUGUGUGAGUGAAUACUUCAGUUGGAAUCCAGUCCCAGAAACCGAGUUGAAAGGCCGUCUGUGCUGUGCUCUUGCCCCCCCCUCCCUAUAGCCGCGACACCAGGAGUAGCAGCAUCCGUCGUCAUGCAGAUCUUCGAUAACAAUAUGCGCCGUGCCUCGCGCCGUGCUUCAUUGCGGCGUGGAUCGAUCUCGGCCCUGCCCCAGAAGUCGGCGGACAUCCCCUGGGACAUAUUCGAGCGGCUCUCUAUGCCGUUCCUUUUCUGCCAGGCGGCGGCCAUCGUCAGCUCCCAUCUGCUGCACGCGCUGAACAUAUCCAGCAUCUCCACCUUCGCCGUCUUCGUGUGGUUCGCCCUGGCCACCGUGGGAGCUAUGCUCUUCUACCACAUUGUGAAGCAGGAGCAAUCCGGUGCUGGGAAUGCACCUGACAGGCCCCAUUUGCUGCCCGGAAAUUGCGCUUAAAGGUCACGUCCAGGA